AUGUCCUCCAGGGUGAAGCGCAAGCCCGCCCCCGCCUUUCCCUACUCUCCGCGCUACCCUCAUCCUGACCCACAGGACCCCUUCGCGCCCCUCAAGGUCCUCCGCGACCGCGCCCAGUCCAGCCAUGCCCUCCGCGGAAUGCCCUCCUACGAUUCCUCCCUCUACAGCUCCCAGCCCUACCUCCUCUCCCCCAGCCCCGACAUCCCUGGCUCGCCGUUCGACCUGACUUACAACCCCCACCCUCCAGAGUACUACGACCACCCUCCGCCCAGCCGCCCAUGGAACGACUCGCGCUCAAACGGGUACAAUUCCGACUCCUCCGCCCGCCUCGCGCGUCCCCCGCGCCCAAGAGCACGCCCGCGCGGGGACUCCAAGAUGUACUUUGCAGACGUGGACCUCCCGUCCCAGCCGACGGAGCAGCAAUACCACUACCGCAGACGCUCCCAGUCCGUCUUUGUCCUCCCCCGGACCGACCCAGUCUUGGCCCAGUCGCCCGCACCCCCGGUACUGGUAGAAGCUGAGCUGGAGUCGCCGCCCCAGCCACCGCCGAGCGCGCCCCCGGAGAACCAAUACACCUACCACGACCGCCAGUCCCACGGCUACAUCUACAGCGAGGGGGGCGCCGACCUCGAGCUGCAGGUCCUCAGCCACAUGCACUCCACAUCCUCCAUGCACACGCGCGCACCCGCCGCCAACCCCGCCAACGCGCACGCGCAGUCUCUGCACUCUGUCCCGACUCCGCCCAUGACCCCAGACGAUUCCCUCAGCCUGAGCAGCACCAGCCUGCGCGAGCGCUCCACCUCGCACUCCCCCCGCCCCGCCCUCCUCAACGUCGUCCCCGCCAGCGCCGACACCGGGCCCCCGACCGAGCAGGAGAGCACACAGGCAGAGGCAGAGACAGAGGCGGAGACCCCGUCCAACAUCCACAGCGCCGACUUCCCCAUCCUCGCCCCGCUCCCGGCCGCAGACGCAGAAUCUGCGCCGAGCCCCCCUGCGCGCCGCGGCCGGACGCCCAGCGCGGCCAGGCGCGAGAGCCUCCCGCUCCGGCUGCGCAAGACGUCGUUCAACAUCCCCCCCGCGCCCGUGCGCGCACGCACCGAGUCCGCCGCGCCGCGCGUCGUCGUCCACAAACCGUCCGCCGCAGCCGGGGAGAGCAACGGCAGCGUCGGCCGGCUCACGCGCUUCGUGCUCCCCCGCGCGCAGAAGAGCCUCAGCCACAUGAGCCUCGGCCUCACCCCGCUCCCGAACGUCAGCGGCUCCUCCGCGGCGCCCAGCGCGAACGCGAGCACCUCGACGCUCGCUGCGCCCGCAGCUGACAGGCGCGAGGAGGGCCAGAGGCCCGAGCGCGAAAACGCGCCCCGGCGUGCGGCGUCCGUCCCCGCGCUGCACCCCGCGGGGGACCCGGGCUUGCUCCGCCCCGCCGCCCAGAUGCGGCAGUCGUUGUUCAUCAGGCCGCCCGCACCCAUCGUCGCUCCUCGCGAGGAGCCAACUCCGGAGCUCGAGGACGACGAGGACGGCCAGAGCCAGAGCGAGGACGAGGACGAGGACGUUCAGGCGUUCACUGCACAGACGACCUUCAUCCGCCCCCUGUCGCCCUCCUUCUCGUCGACGGCCGUAAGCAGCGCGCGCACGGCCGAGUUCCCCAUCCUGCAUCCCCCGCCCCCGUCCCCGCCGCCCGCGCACACCCACCGGCCGCUGUCGGAACUGACCCCGCCCGCUCCGCUCCCGCUCUGCCCGCCGAACCAGUACUCGGACUGCCCGACGCCGCUCCCGCUCCCGCCUAUCCCUCGCGAGCCGGACCCGGACCCGGAACCCUUGUUUCCCCUCGAGGACUUCCCGCCGGCGCGCACCGACUCGGAGACGCCCGUUCUCCUGGCCCCACCCCGCGAGCGCCAGAAGGAGAAGGAUCUGGGCGCGGACGACAAGGAGAAGAGGCGGGAGUCUCUGGCUGGGUAUUUGCCUGUGGCGCAGCUCCGGCCGCUGUCGCAAGUGCGUGUCGAGCCGCAGCAGGCGCAGGCGCAGCCGCUGAAUGUCGGGCGUGCGCGGCAGUCGGCGGCGCUGGGACACCCGCUUAUGCAGCCUCUGCCUGAGGGCCGCGUGCAGCCCGUGCAGCCGGAUGUGCGUUCUCAGCUCCAGCCGGUCGUGCCCCCGCAGACUCAACGGUCUGAUGCGCGCUCGCGGACUCCACCGGUGCAGGCGCCGUUUCGCUCUCAUACCCCGCCCGUGCAGUUGCCCUAUCGCGCACACUCUCCCGAGGCACAGGUGCCGCGCUCGCACGUGCAGCCCGAGCAGGCGCCCCAUCGCACACACACGCCGCCCGUGCAGGCGCCUCGCGUGCACGCUCAGCCCGAGAGGGCGCCGCGUCGUACUCACACGCCUCCCGUGCAGGUAUCCUAUCGCUCGCACACACCCCCUGCGCAGGUGGCGCACCGGGAUACGACUCCCGUCCAGGAACCACGUCGCUCGCACAGUCCUCCCGCGGAGGAGCCAUAUCGCUCACAGUCACCCCCGCCGGAGGCACAGUACCGCUCCAGAUCUCCCGUCCCUCCAGCCCCAUUCCGCUCCCAGCCCCAGCCUCCCGCUCGGGCGCAGUCUCCCCCGCCCCAGCCUCCCGCUCGGGCACAGUCUCCGCCUCCCGCACAACCCCAGUUCCACGCACCACCUCCUCAGGUCCAAGCCCCACCGCGCGCACACACGGAUCCAGGACGGGCAGUGUCAGACGUCCACAACCCCCCUCUGUCGCACGGGCAUGCGGGGAGCCGCAACCAGCGCGGGGAGCGGCCGCUUCGAACGGGCGCGAUGGCGCAUUCGGCGCAGGGAUCGACGCGUCGGCACAACACGGCGCCGUCCACGCCGGUCCCGCACACCGCGAGCACGAUGACGCUCUCGCCCGCGCCGACCGCGUACUCGCACGCGUACCCGCCCUCGCGCACGACCGCGCCGACGUCGGUCAGCUCGCACUCGCAGCCGUGGGCUGCUGCGCGGGGGCGCCGGAACGGCGGCGGCCGCCUCACGGCGUUCCCGGUCCCCAAGUUUGACGAGUACGCGAUGCCGACGCGCGAGCAGCUGAGCCAGGCCGCGUCGCUCUACGUCGUUGCGCAGAACGGGCUGCGCGUGCAGUUUGGGGAGCUGUUCAGGGAGAGGAAGCUCAUCGUGUGCUUCAUCCGGCAUUUCUGGUGCGCGAUGUGCCAGGAUUACAUGUACGCCGUGUCGAGAAAGGUGGACCCUGAGGUCCUCAAGCUCGCUGGGAUUGACUUUGUCUUCAUCGGCGUCGGGUCCUCGGCCAUGAUCAAGUCUUACCGACAGAUCUUCCGCACGCCCUUUGCCAUGUACACCGAUCCGACGCUGCGGCUACACACGGCGCUGGGUAUGACGCGCCGGACUACCGAUGCGGGCCCGGAGACGGAGAGAGGGGGCUACGUCAGGCACGGCACCAUCGGCGGGAUCGCCAUGGUCGUGCGGAACGCGCUCAGGGUGGGCAUGCCCGUAUGGGAGAAGGGCGGGGACGUCGCCCAGUUGGGCGGCGAGUUCGUGUUCGGGCCCGGGUUGGCGUGCGCGUACUCCCACCGGAUGGCGUACACGCGCUCGCACGCGCCCGUCGUCGACGUACUGGCUGCCGCCGGGAUCCGCACGGUCAUAACGAGCCCUGGCGAGGGAGGCCCUUCGGUGCUCUACCCGGACGACGGAGAGAUCUGGAUGAACGCGCGGCGCGGGAGUGUGUCGCGAAUCCAGACGAAGCACGAGAAGCGAGAAGGAGGUGAGCAUUGGAGCCCGGACGAGCAGUGUAACAUGCCGUAUCUGAGCGACACCGGGAGCGUUGUGGGCUGCUGGGGUUCGUCUGUGAGUAAAGUAGAAUCGAACCAGAGCCCCAGGGACAACGUGCCCCGCGAAUACUCGGAGUUGCGCCGUGAUUACUCACUGCCAUCAGAGACGCGCAAAGAGUACUCGGAGCCACCCAGAGGCUGUCGGGUGAAGAAGCCGAGGCGUAGUUUCGUCGUCGCGAAUCCGGACCAGAGUCACCGCGACGACCUGCCGCCGACACCGGUCGAAGAAGAGGUAGGUUAUGACGAGCGCGGCUGGGAGAGCGACGGCGCCGCCAGCCUGGCGUACCUAGAGGAGUCGCAGGCUGGACGGACUCCGCAGAUGCAGUAUUGGCUAAAACAGGACUCUUUAUCGCACUCGUUUGGAAGGACUUGA